UUUUGGCUUGAGCAACACAGAACUGUUUGAGCCUAAAAUGGCUCACUUCUUUGUCAUUGUCCCCCCUGUCCUUCCUGCCUGGAAGGCUGACUCACUCUACCUCUCCUGUUACCUCACUGGGUCUAACUCGUCUUUUAAGACGCAGCUCAGCCAUCUCCUCUUCCAGAAGGCUUAGGAGGCUUCUCCAAGCUGGUUCUGGGCCCUGCACUGGGUUCCCAGAAUCCUUUGUGCUUGGGUCUCAUCAGCGCCUCUACUGGCUGUGCCCUCAUUGUUCAUUGUCCAAGUGUUCCUCCAGACAGUGACAGCUAGCCUGGCACUUCCUAUGGCCCCUGGAAAAUUUGGUGAACAAACAUCUGAAAGCAGACUACCUGGAUGUACUGCCUGCUGUGUUCUCUUUUAGCUGUGGGACUUUGAGCAAGUUGUUUCACCUCUGUCUCAGUUUCUUCAACUCCAUGAUGGAAAUGAUACUACUACUCAGAUCACAGGGUUAUUAGGAAAUAAAGGCUGUGCCUGUACAGACCUCAGCAGCAGGCCUGGCUUGUGAGGACGGUUCCAUGGACGUUAGCUGCUGGUAGAACUGAGAAAAACAUUUCUAAGCCUGCCGGGGCAGAAGGUCUCCAAACAUCAGAGCUAAGUCUGCUGUUUCAAGGAAGAAUUAGGAAGUCUUUUAGAAAACAGCAGCAGCAGCAGCAACAAAUCUUCCUUAAGUGUUCCUUCAAGGAAGUUGGGGGAGAUUUGUUGAAAAACCAGGCAGUUCAGCAGAAACCGUGAUUGAGAUUUUAAAGUGAAAAUGGAAGUUUAAAGGAAAACCUGGCUCUUCCUUGGGGACAGCUGAGGAAGACAUGGCCUUGUUGAGAGACUGGAGGGACCGAUGGCCAAAGGGAGGUAGGGAGGUAAAAGACGUGUGGAACCUGGUGGUGGCGGCGUCGCAGGGUGGUUAGAGCCACGAUUGAGCUCCCUAUGAAAUAGAUGCUACCUCUCUGGGGCGGUCCACGCGGUGCCAGCCUGAGAACCUGGCGCUCCUAGAUUUGUCCAAGCGGCUUUAGAAAUUCUAGUCCUUGGGAGCAUCUGGCACAACAGCGCUCAGGGAACCUGAGCUGGGGUAGAAGAAGCAAGUAGCUGUGUGUGCCACCCGCUGCCCAGCCAGAGUGGGGGCGAUUCCCGAAGAACUGGGGGCAGACUCUGCUGUCUCUGCCCCAUCCCCAAGCCCCCCCACCUCCUUGAAGACUGCCACGGCACAAGCGCGCGGACCCAGGGUUCAAACAGGGGGCGCUCUAGGCGCUUCUCGCCUUGCGACUCAGACCUCAGUCUCACCCUCUAGGCAGUGGGUUUGCAGCCGGGCGCUUGGAAGAACAGCUCUCGUAGGCCCGCCCGAGCUCGCCCCUCCCCGGGGCCUCCCCCAGGAUUUGGGCACGUCCCGGUCUCGCUCCCUCCCGCCGCCCCCGGGGCCGGAACGAGAAGCAGCUGCCAGGCAGCCGCAGACGUGUGCGCUGAUUGUCCGUCGGGUCUGCCGCGGAGUUCCCCGGCGUGGGCGGCGCUCCGAGCGGGUACCGGGUCCGAGGGCCCCGGGCGCGGCGGCCGCGCCAGGAGGUCCGGCCGCGAGCGUGACCUCACGGGGAGGGGCCAGCGCGGCCGCCCUGGGCGCGGAGCCGAGAGCCGAGAGCGCAGCGCCAGAGCGGAGCCGCGAGGAGCGCACGCCGCGGCCCCGAUGGAGCGGUUCAAAGCACAGGGGUGUUGCUGUCUGGUGGUGCAGAGAAGGAUGCUGCAGGUUUCUGCCUCCCUGGAGCAGCUGCUGACAGAGCUGGAUGACUUCCUCAAGAUCCUUGACCAGGAGAACCUGAGCAGCACGGCCGAGGUGAAGAAGAGUGGCCUGGCCGAGCUCCUCCGGCUUUACACCAAAAGCAGCAGUUCUGAUGAAGAGUACAUUUAUAUGAACAAAGUGACGGUCCACAAGCAGCAGAAUGCCGAGUCCCAAGACAAAGCGCCUGAGGAGCAGACCCCCCUGACCAACGGGGAGCCCGGCCAGCACUCCUCGGCCCCUCAGAAGAACCUUCCAGACCUCCCGCCACCCAAGAUAAUUCCAGAACGGAAACAGCUCUCCAUCCCAAAGAUCGAGUCUCCAGAGGGUUACUAUGAGGAGGCCGAACCGUAUGACACAUCGCUCAAUGGUCUUUCUGGCAGAUUCCCCCCCAGCGGAGUCCCCAGAUGGGCGCAGGUGCCUGAAGGAGUCGUUUACGCCACGAUCACCUUGGAGGAUGGAGAGGCCGUGAGCAGCUCCUACGAGUCCUACGACGAGGAGGAGAGCAGUAAGGGCAAGUCGGCCCACCAGUGGCCCUCGCCUGAAGCCAGCAUCGAGCUGAUGCGAGACGCCCGCAUCUGCGCCUUUCUGUGGCGCAAGAAGUGGCUGGGCCAGUGGGCCAAGCAGCUGUGCGUCAUCAAGGACACCAGGCUCCUGUGUUACAAAUCCUCCAAGGACCACAGUCCCCAGCUGGACGUGAACUUGCUGGGCAGCAGCGUGGUGCACAAGGAGAAGCAGGUGCGGAAGAAGGAGCACAAGCUGAAGAUCACGCCAAUGAACGCAGAUGUGAUCGUGCUGGGCCUGCAGAGCAAGGACCAAGCUGAGCAGUGGCUCAGGGUCAUCCAGGAGGUGAGCGGCCUGCCUUCCGAAGGAACAUCCGAGGGAAACCAGUACAGCCCAGAUGCCCAGCGCCUGAGCUGUCCAAAACCAGAUAUCAACGAGAAGUACCUGUCCGCCUCGGAGUACGGAAGCUCCACAGAUGGCCACCCUGAGGUCCCGGAGACCAAAGAUGUCAAGAAAAAAUGUUCUGCUGGCCUCAAGCUGAGCAACCUGAUGAACCUGGGCAGGAAGAAAUCUACCUCCCUGGAACCUCAGGAGAGGUCCCUCGAGACAGCCAGUUACCUGAACGUGCUGGUGAACAGCCAGUGGAAGUCGCGCUGGUGCUCCGUCAGGGACAGUCACCUGUACUUCUACCAGGACCGGAACCGGAGCAAGGCGGCCCAGCAGCCCCUCAGCCUGGUGGGCUGUGAGGUGGUCCCAGACCCGAGCCCGGACCACCUCUACUCCUUCCGCAUCCUCCACAACGGCGAGGAGCUGGCCAAGCUCGAGGCCAAGACUUCCGAGGAAAUGGGCCACUGGCUAGGCCUCCUGCUCUCGGAGUCAGGUUCCAAGACAGACCCGGAAGAAUUUACCUACGACUAUGUGGAUGCCGAUAGGGUUUCCUGUAUUGUAAGCGCUGCCAAAACCUCUCUGCUACUGAUGCAGAGAAAGUUCUCGGAGCCGAACACUUACAUCGACGGCCUGCCCAGCCAGGAUUGCCAGGAGCUGCUGUAUGAUGAUGUGGAGAUGUCGGAGCUGACGGCCUCGGUGGAACCCCCCGAGGAAGCCGCCCCUGCGACAGAUGCUCCGAGCGAGUCCGACCCCGACCGAGUAUACCUGGACCUCACGCCCGUCAAGUCCUUCCUGCACGACAGCGGGGCGCAGGCCCGGGCCCCCUCCCCGACGCCGCCCCAGCAGGACCUUCCGGUGGAGGCCCUCCCUGCAGACCCAGACCCCACCCCUGAUGAGCCCCUUGCAAAGUCUCCAGAGAACCCUGAGUUGCAGCAGGUGCAGCAGGAGAGUCUGGAACCUGAGGAGCCUUCCCCUACCACAGCCGUCAAAAUCCAGACUGACCAGCAGAAAAUCUCCAUCCCACCAAGCUGCCCGGAUGCUGUGGCCAAUGCCCCAGCCGGGGCCAGCCCGCCUGUGAAGGACAAGUUGAAGGCAGCCAAUGCAGAGAUCAAGCUUGGCAAGAACAGGACAGAAGCCGAGGUGAAACGGUACGAGGAGAAGGAGAGGCUCGAGAAGAAGAAGGAAGAAAUCCGGGGACACCUGGCUCAGCUCCGAAAGGAGAAACGGGAGCUGAAGGAGACCCUGUUAAAGUGUACAGACAAGGAGGCAGUGGCCAGCCUAGAGCAGAAGCUGAAGGAGAUGGAUGAGGAGUGCAGGGUGGAGGAGCGCAGGCGCGUGGACCUGGAGCUCAGCAUCGUGGAGGUGAAGGAUAACCUGAAGAAGGCCGAGGCCGGGCCCGUGACGCUGGGCACCACCGUGGACACCACCCACCUGGAGAAUGCCAGUCCCCGUCCCAAAGCUGCCACCCCAACUCUGGCCCCGGACUGUACCCCAGUCAAUGCUGCCACUGCGCUCAAGAACAGACCUCUGUCGGUCAUGGUCACGGGCAAAGGCACCGUCCUCCAGAAAGCCAAGGAAUGGGAGAAGAAAGGAGCGAGUUAGGAAGCGAGCUUCAUCGCCUGUCAACAUGGACCUUGGGGACAAUCCUGCUUCCUGACAGUCUUCGUUAGAGCAGCAGCUCUGUGGAAGGGUGAGUCUGGUUACAAGAAGAAGGAAGGACUGGGUUCUGUGAAUGGAGCGCCUCAGCGGAGAGGAGGCUCUCCCCCCUGCAGAGCCAAAGGAAGUAACACAACAAUGAAAAGGCUUCUCUUUUUUUUUUUUUUUUUUUUUGAGACCUAAGUCUGGUGGUUGUAAAGAAGACAUUGCUGUAUUUAGGGGUAUCCUGUGUUUUCUUCCUUGACUGUUUCGUCAAUUGCUUUAUCAAGCUUUUUAAGUGAAAAGCUUCUGAUGUUGAGACUUUGGUGGACGAGAAACCGAGGUAGCAGGGCCCUGCUGCGCUGAUCACAUGGCUCUGGUGAUCGGAAGAGGGAAACUCCUGGCUGUCAUCGCCUAUCCGGUCUUUGCAGUGCCGGGGGUUAAACCAUCCUUGUCUUCAACUGUGUAAAACCAUCCGUGGUUUUUUGAGAAAUUGCACGGGGAAAGAUAUUUGGGACACUGUUCCCAAUAAAUCAAGGACUUUUUCCCCAUCCUAAAGCAAGCCUGAAUCAAUUGUUUUUUUUUAAAAAAAAUUGUUUUGCUGUAUUAUAUAGGAAAAAAAAUGUUUAAAAUCCUGUAAUUUAGAACAGUGAAAAGUGUCUUUGGAGAGUUAACUGACUUUUUACAUUAUCAUAGAAACAAGAUUACCCUGUGUUUACAGAUUGAGUCCUGUGGUGAGGCCAUUUUUACAGAAGAGUUAGUUAUUUAAUAUAAUGCUCUCUUAGUCUCUGUUUUUUAAGUUGUCCUUAAUGUCCAGGCCCUUUCCAAGAAAAAAAAAAAGGGGGGUGAAUUUUGUUUCGGGUGGUCUCUUUUCUUUAAUGGGCAGUGCUGUUCUUUGUGCUGCCUGUCCUUCUCUUCCGAUGGCGUUGUUAACACAGGUUGAAAUGUGUCAUCUGUCAUCUCUGCCUCAUUUCUGGGGGUUCUGAAUCAGAGUUCUCUAUAACACUGGUUCCUGAGAACUAAAGGUCUUUUGAUUCUUAUUGUCUAAUCCCAGGGCAUUUAUUUCCUUUGUCAUAAACACUUGGUGUCCCAAGUGGUGAGUUAGAGUUGAUUUUUUUUUUUAAUAAAAUGUUCGUUG